ACCCGGCCCAGUUUAAUGGUAGGGUUUGCAUAUAAAUACCGUAAAGCCACCAUCAGUUCAUUUGAGUACACAGCCUUCGUUUUCCUCGGCUGCGCAGAGUUUUCGAGCCGUUCGAAGGAAUUUUGGGUUUCUCUCUCACUUUGCCACCAUGCGAGCCAAGUGGAAGAAGAAGAGGAUGAGGAGGCUGAAGAGGAAGCGCCGAAAGAUGAGGCAGAGAUCCAAGUAGAAGCAGAGCUGCGCUGGGCUCGAUCGAGCUCGCACGACGUCGUUUCUGGGUCUUACUGGGUUUUGGCUGGCGUCUUUGUUUUGUUACUUAGCUCGUUUAGGUCCGCUUUUGAACCAUUUGCUAGCGGCUUAGUGAUUUGACUCUCUUGAGCAUUUAAUUUUGUUUUUUAUGAGAUGGGUUAUGUGAAUCUACUGAAUUUGUUUAUCUAAUCUAUUAUAUUUGGUUUUGAUAUUA